GCGGCGGCGGGCGUCAUGGCGGCGCUGGCGCUGGCGCUAGCGCGGGCGCAGCCUUUGCGCCGCGGCCCCGCCUGCCUGGGGAGGCCGCUGCUGCGGGAGGCCGGAGGCGCCGCGGCCCGCCGCGGGGCCGGCGGGAGCGAGGUGCUUGGAAAAAGCUUUAAAAGGGGGGUUGUGCUCUCAGCAGGAUCCUUUCUGGUUUAUGAAACUUACAGGCUGUUUUCCCACUUUGCUGAGGUUCAUGCAAGCUUCAAAGUAGAAGAAGUUAUAGAGCAAGCAGACUACCUGUAUGGAAGUGGAGAAACUGAAAAACUGUAUCGUCUGCUGGUUCAACAUAAAAAUAGUGAGGAUGCAGAGCUGUUAUGGAGGCUGGCACGGGCAUCACGUGAUCUAGCUCAGCUUAGUAGUACUUCUACAGAGGAGAAAAAGCAACUGGUUUAUGAAGCCCUUGAGUAUGCAAAAAAGGCCCUUGAAAAAAAUGAAUCAAACUUUGCAGCGCACAAGUGGUAUGCAAUUUGUAUCAGUGAUGUUGGAGAUUAUGAAGGAAUCAAGGCUAAAAUUGCUAAUGCAUUUGUUAUCAAAGAGCACUUCCAGAAAGCCAUUGAAUUGAACCCAAAAGAUGCUACAUCAAUUCAUCUUAUGGGCAUUUGGUGUUACUCCUUUGCUGAAAUGCCAUGGUACCAAAGGAAAAUAGCUGCAAUGCUAUUUGCAACACCUCCAACAUCCACAUAUAAAGAGGCUCUUCACUAUUUCCACAUGGCAGAAGAAGCUGAUCCCAAUUUCUACAGCAAAAACUUGCUCUUUUUGGGAAAGACAUACCUGAAGUUAAACAACAAAAAGAUGGCUCUCUUGUGGUUAAGCAAAGCCAAAGAAUAUCCUGCACACACGGAGGAGGACAAACAGGUACACAAAGAAGCUUUGGAGCUGCUUAAUUCUAUAUAACAAGAUGCUGACAAUUCAGUACCUCAGGUGUGACCAGCAAGGCAGGAGGGAGGGAGGAAGAAAAAAUAAAUGAAAAACCCCUACUUCUGUUGACUCCAUUUAUUAAAGAUAUAGCCUGAA